UACACGCGCGAAACUUUUGUAACAGAAAUGGCGUCCAGGACAGGCCGCCGAGGGACGAAGCGCAAAGCGGAGUCUCAGCUGGAAGAGGAGAAGCCAUCCGUGAAGGAGAAGGAGGAGGAGAGAGGAGAUGGAGAGAACGACCAGGAGGGCCAAAGAGUGGUCAUCGAACACUGCAAGAGCUGACGAGUGUAUGGGCGUAAUGCCGAGGAGGUGAAAUCUGCCCUCCUGGUUGCCCACCCUGGACUGACUGUGAUCCUCAACCACGAGAAACCACGCAGAAACAGCUUCGAGAUCACUCUACUGGAUGGAGUCAAAGAAACAUCUCUGUGGACUGGAAUAAAGAAGGGUCCGCCUCGUAAGCUGAAGUUUCCUCAACCUGAUGUUGUAGUUGCUGCGCUACAGGAGGCUCUGAAGGCUGAAUAGAUGUCCAGUGAAGUUCAGGAGAUGUGGCCUGUGGAGGCAGAAUGACGAGGAGCGACCAAGGAGAAUGUUCUCCGUCCUUCUUCUGAUGAUCCGAGCUCCAACAGCUCACAUCCUCCUGAUACAGUGCGACACCUAGUGGAGCCUCUCUGAGACAACACGUUUUUAUAUUUUACUGUUAUGCUGUUCUUGAGCAUUCUCACUUUUUCUCAGUGGUUACUGUGCUUAUAUGUCUGUUUUGAUAAAUAAAGUUGAUUCAAUGUUAUAA